GAGAAACAAAGAAACCAUUUUCAGUUUCACAGAGAGAUUAAAAAGUUGACGGGGGAUUAUCUAAGAGUUCUAAUUGCAGACAAACAGCCAGAGAAGACUGAGAUAGAGAGAGAGAGAGAGAAGAAGGAGAAGAGAGGGAGAGGGUCACAUGCCAUGUGAGUAACCCUGGCUCUGUCCACUUUGAUAAAUACCCUUCUCACCUUCCUCACUCAGACUUUUGACCCAGCUGAGGUAUCAUAUCACCUUCUUCUUCCUUCUCCUCUCUGAGCUCUCUCUCUUCUCUAAUGGCAGACCUCAGCACCUGAACCAUAACCCAUCUCUCUCUCUCUCUUUAUCUCCCCCCUAAACCUGUCUAAAAAUGAAACCCCACAUGCCCAUUUCCCACUUCUUCUUCCUCCUCCUCCUCCUUUUCUUGCUUUCUGUUACUACUCCCUCUUCUUCUUCUUCUUCUUCUACAGCCUACAAAGACUCCCAACAGCUCCUCAGCUUCAAAUACUCCCUCCCCAAACCCACCCUCCUGUCCAGUUGGCUCCCUGACCAAAACCCAUGUCUCUUUUCCGGCGUCUCCUGUAAACAAACCCGCGUCUCCUCCAUCGACCUCAGCUUCCUCCCCCUCUCCACAAACCUCACCACUGUCUCCACUUUCUUAAUGACCAUUGAUUCCCUCCAAUCCCUCUCCUUGAAAUCCGCCUCCCUCUCCGGCCCGGUUUCUUUCUCUCCGAAAUCCAAGUGCAGCCCUCUCCUCUCCGCCCUAGAUCUGUCCCACAACACCCUCUCCGGCCCAUUAACUGAUGUCGCUUUGUUAGGCUCAUGCUCCGCCCUCAAGUCUCUCAACCUCUCCUCGAACCUUCUAGACUUCAAUGCUAAAGACCCGGCCCCUCGCUUCGGGCUCUCCCUCCGGGUCCUCGACCUCUCCUUCAACAAGAUUUCCGGCCCCGCCCUGCCGUGGAUCUUAUCCAACGGCUGCGGUGAGCUCGUGAAGCUUGUCCUCAAAGGGAACAAGAUCACCGGCGACGUCAGCGUCUCCGCCUGCCAGAAGCUCGAGCUUCUCGACUUGUCCUCCAACAACUUCACGGCUGAGAUUCCGUCUUUCGGGGAGUGUUUAGCUCUCGAGCGCCUCGACAUCUCCGGCAACAAGUUUUCCGGUGACGUCGCGCGCGCUCUUUCUUCCUGCUCUCACCUCACUUUCCUCAACCUCUCCAGCAACCAUUUCUCCGGCCUCAUCCCGGCCAUUCCCGCCGAGAAGCUCGAGUUCCUCUCCCUCGCCGGAAAUGACUUCCAGGGCACAAUCCCGGCCAGCUUGCUCCGGUCGUGUGAGUCUAUACUGGAGCUAGAUCUUUCCAUGAACAAUCUCUCCGGUACAGUCCCCGACGCAUUGAGCUCAUGUUCUUCCCUCGAGACUCUGGACAUUUCCGACAACUUCUUCUCCGGCGAGCUCCCCGUCGGGACUCUCCUCAAGCUCACCAACCUGAAGAGGCUGUCUCUCUCACUCAACGACUUUGUAGGCACUCUGCCUCGGUCUCUCUCGCAGCUUUCGUACUUGGAGAGCUUGGAUCUGAGCUCCAACAAUUUCACCGGGUCUAUUCCGGCCUGGCUGUGCGAGGAUGCAAGGAACAACUGGAAGGAGCUUUAUCUUCAGAACAACAAGUUCGGCGGCACGAUUCCGGCUUCUCUCAGCAACUGUAGUCAGCUGGUAGCGCUCGAUUUGAGCUUCAAUUACCUCACGGGGACCAUCCCUUGGAGCUUGGGGUCUCUGUCGCAGCUGAGGGACCUGAUCAUUUGGUUGAAUCAGCUCAGCGGCGAGAUUCCGCAGGAGCUGAGGAAUCUCGGCGCGCUGGAGAAUCUCAUUCUGGACUUCAAUGAGCUGACGGGGACGAUUCCGGUUGGGCUGAGCAACUGCACCAACUUGAGCUGGAUUUCGCUGGCGAAUAACAAGCUGAGUGGCGAGAUUCCGGCGUGGAUUGGGAAGCUGCCGAAGCUGGCGAUACUGAAGCUGAGUAACAACUCGUUCCAUGGGAGCAUUCCGCCGGAGCUGGGGGACUGUAGGAGCUUGAUCUGGCUGGAUCUCAAUACGAACUUGUUGAAUGGUCCGAUCCCUCCGGGGCUUUUCAAGCAGAGUGGCAACAUUGCGGUGAAUUUUGUUGCUUCGAAGACGUACGUGUAUAUCAAGAAUGAUGGGAGCAAGGAGUGCCACGGAGCAGGGAAUUUGCUCGAGUUUGCUGGGAUAAGGCAGGAGCGAUUGAACAGGCUUUCGACCAGAAACCCCUGCAACUUCACUAGAGUGUAUAGAGGUAUUCUCCAACCAACAUUUGAUCACAAUGGGACCAUGAUUUUUCUUGACAUUUCGCAUAAUAGGUUGUCGGGUGGCAUUCCGAAAGAGAUUGGGACUAUGUAUUAUCUCUACAUUCUAAAUUUGGGCCAUAACAAUAUUUCUGGAGCAAUCCCAGAAGAGUUGGGGAAAUUGAAGGACCUUAACAUUCUUGAUUUAUCUAGCAACAGCCUUGAUGGAAGCAUCCCUCAGUCUUUGGUUGGCCUUUCCAUGCUGAUGGAGAUUGAUUUGUCAAACAACCGUCUGUCGGGUAUGAUUCCCGAUUCAGGCCAGUUCGAGACAUUUCCUGCUUACAGAUUCGUGAACAAUUCAAACCUUUGUGGCUACCCCUUGACUCCCUGUGGAGCUGCUGCUACUGGGCUAAAUGGAAAUGGGCACCACAAGUCUCAUAAAAAAGCGUCCCUGGCAGGAAGUGUGGCAAUGGGACUGCUCUUCACCCUCUUCUGCAUCUUUGGUUUGCUUAUUGUUGCAAUCGAGACCAGGAAAAGGCGAAGAAAGAAGGAUUCAGGUCUUGAUGUUUAUGUGGACAGUCGUUCCCAUUCGGGUACUGCCUGGAAGCUUACAGGUGCCCGAGAGGCAUUAAGCAUUAACCUUUCCACGUUUGAGAAGCCACUUCAAAAGCUCACUUUCGCAGAUCUUCUUGAGGCUACCAAUGGCUUCCACGAUGAGAGUCUUAUAGGUUCUGGUGGUUUUGGGGAUGUAUACAAGGCCCAAUUGAAGGAUGGCAGCAUUGUUGCCAUCAAGAAAUUGAAACACAUCAGUGGACAAGGUGAUCGUGAAUUCACUGCUGAAAUGGAAACUAUUGGGAAGAUCAAGCACCGAAACCUUGUUCCCCUCCUUGGAUACUGCAAAGUUGGAGAAGAACGGCUGUUAGUCUACGAGUACAUGAAGUACGGAAGCUUAGAUGAUGUUUUUCAUGACCAGAAGAAAGGUAUCAAGCUGAGUUGGUCUGCACGGAGGAAGAUUGCCAUUGGGUCUGCAAGAGGACUGGCCUUUCUUCACCACAAUUGCAUUCCUCACAUCAUUCAUAGGGACAUGAAAUCGAGCAAUGUCCUUCUCGAUGAGAACUUAGAAGCCAGAGUCUCCGAUUUUGGAAUGGCUAGGCUUAUGAGUGCAAUGGACACUCAUUUGAGUGUGAGCACUUUGGCAGGCACACCCGGUUAUGUUCCUCCAGAAUACUACCAGAGUUUCAGAUGUUCUACCAAAGGGGAUGUUUAUAGUUAUGGUGUAGUAUUGCUCGAGCUUCUAACAGGAAGACGUCCUACGGAUUCAGCAGAUUUUGGUGACAAUAAUCUUGUUGGUUGGGUGAAACAACAUGCUAAAUUAAAAAUAAGUGAUGUUUUUGAUCCAGAGCUCAUGAAAGAGGAUCCGACCCUUGAGAUUGAGCUGUUACACCACUUAAAGGUAGCUUGCGCAUGUUUGGAUGAUAGGCCAUGGCGCCGCCCUACGAUGAUUCAAGUCAUGGCAAUGUUCAAGGAAAUCCAAGCAGGAUCCGGGAUGGACUCCCAAUCAACCAUAGCCACCGAAGAUGGAGGUUUCGGUGCAGUUGAAAUGGUUGAGAUGAGCAUAAAAGAAGACCCUGAACCUGGCAAGCAAUAGCUUCAAAGCUUAAACCAAUUUUCAAGUGAAUUAGUUGGAAGAACGAAGAAACAAGAAGGUGGGGAUGGAUGAUGUGCUGUAAGCUUCCCCAAAAAUUUUCCCUCUUGUUUCCAACUGCAAUUGCUGUGGAGCUGCUUCUGUGUCUCUACUUCUGUACCAUUUAGUGUAUGUAAUCUUUUCAUUUUAUACAUAGAAGGCUGUUUAACUUGUUAUAAAAUGUGUAUAUCAACAGCCUCAGUUGCUUCAUGGUUUAAACAUUGAUUCUCAGUUCAUCUCCAUUAGAGUUGCAUUGGAUUCAGAUAAAAUC